CCGGCGGCGCGGCGCGGUUGGGUGAGGCGCGGGGGCCGGAGCGAGGCGUCCCCGAGGCCCGGAGUGCGCGGCCAGGAACAUGGAUACUAUGAUGCUGAAUCUGCGGAAUCUCUUUGAGCAGCUUGUGCGCCGGGUGGAGAUUCUCAGUGAAGGAAAUGAACUCCAAUUCAUUCAGCUGGCAAAGGACUUUGAGGAUUUUCGUAAAAAGUGGCAGAGAACAGACCAUGAGCUGGGCAAAUACAAGGAUCUUUUGAUGAAAGCGGAGACUGAACGAAGCGCCCUGGAUGUUAAACUGAAGCAUGCACGCAAUCAGGUGGAUGUGGAGAUCCGACGGAGACAGCGAGCCGAGGCUGACUGCGAAAAGCUGGAACGACAGAUCCAGCUGAUUCGUGAGAUGCUCAUGUGUGACACGUCUGGCAGCAUUCAACUAAGUGAGGAGCAAAAAUCCGCUCUGGCUUUCCUCAACAGAGGCCAGCCAUCCGGUGGCAAUGCUGGGAACAAAAGGCUGUCAACCAUUGAUGAAUCUGGUUCCAUUUUGUCAGAUAUCAGCUAUGACAAGACUGAUGAAUCACUGGAUUGGGAUUCUUCUAUGGUGAAGACUUUCAAACUGAAAAAAAGAGAAAAGAGGCGCUCUAGUCGACAAUUUGUUGAUGGUCCCCCUGGACCUGUAAAGAAAACUCGUUCCAUUGGGUCCACAGUAGACCAGGGAAACGAAUCCCUUGUUGCAAAGACCACAGUGACUGUUCCUAAUGAUGGUGGGCCCAUCGAAGCUGUGUCCACUAUUGAAACUGUGCCUUAUUGGACAAGGAGCCGAAGGAAAAUAGGUACUUUACAACCUUGGAACAGUGACUCUACCCUGAACAGCAGACAACUGGAAGCAAGAACUGAGACAGACAAUUCAGGCACACCACAGAAUAAUGGAGGGAUGCGCCUGCACGACUUUGUCUCUAAGACGGUUAUUAAGCCUGAAUCCUGCGUUCCAUGUGGGAAGCGGAUAAAAUUUGGCAAACUGUCUCUGAAGUGUCGCGACUGCCGCGUGGUUUCUCACCCAGAAUGCCGGGAGCGUUGUCCUCUGCCUUGCAUUCCUACCCUCAUGGGCACACCUGUCAAGAUAGGAGAGGGUAUGCUGGCUGAUUUCGUGUCCCAGACGUCUCCGAUGAUCCCCUCCAUCAUUGUCCACUGCGUAAAUGAGAUUGAGCAGAGAGGGCUGACUGAGACAGGCCUGUACCGGGUCUCGGGCUGUGACCGCACAGUCAAAGAGCUGAAGGAGAAGUUCCUCAGAGUGAAGACGGUGCCCCUCCUCAGCAAAGUGGACGACAUCCACGCCAUCUGCAGCCUGUUGAAAGACUUCCUCCGAAACCUCAAGGAGCCCCUUCUCACCUUCCGGCUGAACAGAGCCUUCAUGGAGGCCGCAGAAAUCACGGACGAGGACAACAGCAUUGCCGCCAUGUACCAAGCUGUUGGUGAGCUGCCCCAGGCCAACAGGGACACAUUAGCUUUCCUCAUGAUCCACUUGCAGAGAGUGGCUCAGAGUCCAAACACUAAAAUGGAUGUUGCCAAUCUGGCUAAAGUCUUUGGCCCUACAAUUGUUGCCCAUGCUGUGCCCAAUCCGGACCCAGUAACAAUGUUACAAGACAUCAAGCGGCAGCCCAAGGUAGUAGAGCGCCUGCUUUCCCUGCCCGUGGAGUAUUGGAGUCAGUUCAUGAUGGUGGAACAGGAGAAUAUUGACCCCCUUCACAUCAUCGAAAACUCCAAUGCCUUUUCAACACCACAGACGCCAGAUGUGAAAGUGAGUCUGCUGGGCCCUAUGACCACUCCUGAACACCAGCUUCUCAAGACCCCCUCGUCCAGCUCCCUGUCACAGAGGGUGCGCUCCACCAUCUCCAGGAACACCCCAAGAUUUGGUAGCAAAAGCAAAUCUGCCACCAACCUAGGACAACAGGGGAACUUUUUUGCUUCACCAAUGCUCAAGUGAAGUCAGGUCGGCUGCCACUUACCAGCAUCUACUGACUGCGAGAGAAGGCACACCUGUACUCUCCGUGCUGCAGCCUCUUGUACUCAUUACUACUUUUAGCAUUCUCCAGGCUUUUAAUCAAGUUUAAUUGUGCAUAAGGGUUUUAUUGAAACUAUAUAUAUCUCUCUCCUCCUCAAGUAACGUAAUAUCAGCACCUUGUGCUAGCUGGGCAUUUUUAGAGCUUGCUUUGAUGUGACAUCU